AUGGGAGAACCGAAGCGCCCUCUACCCUCCACGAUACAGGACGCUAUGAGUUUCGAGGACAUGCAUACAUUGGGGGGGAAAUAUAUCGGAGAGGGAGGCACUGGCGCCGUCUUCCUACUCAACGAUAUUGCAAUUAAAGUGGCUUACGACCAAGAUUACUGUGUGAAAAUCCAACAUGAAAAGAAUGUCUACGAACGUCUCGGUAACUUUUCCUCGCUCAAUGUCGAAUUCCCGACUUUCCGUCUCAGACACAACUGCUUUCCUGGUUCCGCCAGAUGGGCUCGCGCCGUGGCUGAGAUCCACGAGCGCCGCGUUCUCGUCGCCGAUACCAGUGCUCGAAACUCCCUCGUCGACAAGGAGCUAUCGGUCAAGGCAUGCGACUUUUCCGAGUCAUCGAUUCUCGACAUCAACUGUAACGUCCAGACUGCGGACGACUGUGGCUAUACUGUCUACACGGACAUCGGUCAACUGGGUGCCGUCUUCUACGAAGUCAUUACGGGAAAUAAGUGCAGCUUUGAUCUCUACAAGCAUCAUCCCCACGCGAAGAUCGCCGUGUUCCCACGAAGGGAGGACCUUACGAGUACCCAGAACCUCUGGCUAGGACCUAUCAUCGAGAAAAUGUUGGACUAAGGGAUUCCCGACCUACUAUGAGCUGUCUGCGACACUGGACUCAGCGCAACAAGUGG